AUGAAUGCAGCGGCGGCGGCAGCGGCGGCGGCGGCGUUGGUGGUCCUGUUGGCGGGGAGUGGGGCGGCGGGGGAGGGGUGCAGGGAGGAGCUGAUAUCGUUUUCGGCAUGUCUGGAAUACGUGUCGUAUCCGCCGAACAACCUGACGGAAAGUGCGUCGGAGAGGUGCUGCGAGGCGUUCUCAUGGGGUGUGGAAUCGGUGUGCCUCUGCUACGUAGUGAGAGACCCUCUCAUCCUUGGCUUCCCUCUCAACACCACCAGACUCCUCUCCCUCUCUUCCCUCUGUCCCUCUCCUUUCUCAACCUCCUUCCCCUUUCUUUGCUCAUCAGAUUCUUCUGCUCUGCCUCCUCUCACCGCACCCACUCAAACUCUACCCACUUCUGCUGGAGGAGGAAGGUCAGGGUCCGGCGGUAACGGAGGGUCUUCCGGGAGAAAGGCACCCAUUUUAAACGGCGGAGGAGGAACAUUUUCUCACCAUCAUCACUCUUCCAAUCCCUCUUCUUCUUCAACCCUCAUUCCACACAUCACUUUCUUAAUACUCUUUGCCGUCCUUCCUGCACUCCUGUACUCUCGUUACUCAUUUUGUUUCCAAGUUUAA